AUGGUUCCAUCCUUUAUCACCUGCGUUGGGUCCAUGAGGGUUAUCAUCCGUGAGGAUCCUCAGGGCGUCUCUGAGUACAUUGCCGAAUAUAUAGUUAGCCGAAUCAAUGCCUUCAACCCUACGCCUGAGAAGCCGUUUGUCCUCGGUCUUCCUACCGGUAGUAGUCCAGAGAUCAUCUAUCGCAUCCUCGUGCAAAGGCACAAGGCCGGCGAGGUUUCGUUUCGCAAUGUUGUUACAUUCAACAUGGACGAAUAUGUCGGCAUCCCGCGCGACCACCCCGAAUCAUACCACAGCUUCAUGUACAAACACUUUUUCUCCCAUGUCGACAUUCUCCCCGCCAACAUCAACAUCCUGAACGGCAAUGCGCCCGACCUCGCCGCCGAAGCAACCGCCUACGAAGCCAAAAUCGCGCGCAUGGGCGGUAUAGAGCUCUUUCUCGGCGGCGUCGGACCAGAUGGGCACAUCGCCUUCAACGAACCAGGCUCAUCACUUACAAGUCGCACGCGCGUGAAAACCCUGGCCUACGACACCAUAGUCGCCAAUUCACGCUUCUUCGACAACGACGUCAAUAAAGUGCCCAAAAAGGCAUUGACAGUCGGUAUCCAGACGAUCAUGGAUGCACGCGAAGUCGUUAUUGUUUGCACGGGAUCGCACAAGGCGCUUGCGCUGCAUCACGGUCUGGAAGGCGGUGUCAAUCACAUGUGGACUCUAUCUGCGCUACAGUUGCACCCUCACCCGCUUAUCGUCGCGGAUCGGGACGCUACGAUGGAACUCAAAGUGAAGACGGUGAAAUAUUUCGAGUCUAUCGAGCAGUCUGGUACGGAUGCGCGUACACAAGGGCCGCCGCUUGUCUAUCGUCCGAGAACCUACGUCCCGGCCCCGUUAAUUACCACCGGAACUACAGCUGCGGCCGUAAAACCAGCUGUCACAUCGGUUCCUUCUGAAAACCAACGUGUCCUCGUGCCCAAAGAUCUCAAAAUCAACACCGAUAUGCGCCGCUCCGCCGACGAGGACGGCGAAUUGACGCCAGAUAGUAUGUCGUCACGGAUAUUAGAUUCCGGUAUUUCGGGGCUGGAUGCUGCGCUCAAAGGGGAAUUAUCGCCUGACCGUAUGGGGUCGAGGAUGACUACUGUUUAAAAGUGUGUUCAUGAGCAUCUAUGUAGUAUUUGUUAUUUUCUUUGGAAAGAUCGCAUCUCGAGCAGGUUAGGGUUUGCUUUUUGUCUACCGUCUAUUAAAUUGGCUAGAUUGAAACAAUGUUUACUGGAGUUAGGUUGUAUGUACUAAUAUUUGGCACACUAUUCAAAUGAUGUACAUUCUAUAC